UGCAGGUGCCCAAUGAGUGGGCGAACGAGGCCGUUCGGCGUAUGCUUGCACUGGAGAACGUGAUAAGGCGGGCGGCAAGUGGCUUGCCCUUGGACUUGCGCUACCCACCACCGGCAGCUCAGAGAUCUCAGACACAGGGACGGGCGGCUCCUAGUAGAAAAAGUGCCAGAGAUCCUCCACAAAAGAAGCUAGCAAGUAGGACUCCUGCUCCUCCACCUACUACUAGACCACAAACACGGGGCAUACAGCCACCUGUUGCAAGUGAGGAGGCGGCCCGAGAGGCCGUGGCGCGCGCUGAGGAGAGGUAUCAACUGAAGAUGCGCCAAAGGCCCUCGCAAGAUGAGCCAGUCCACAAGAAGCGGCUGAUCCUGCCCGAGGAUUCCGAGGAAGAAGGGGAAGAGGAGGAAGAGGAAGAAGAAGAAGACGAGGAGGCGCCUGAUGGACAGUGCAGAGUGCUUCAGGGGACAGUGCAGAGAUGCCCUUACUUUAGAGGAGUGGAUGCCACGUUGUAUAGAUAUUUGCCUUGGGAAAGAAGAAUAUUUCACGUAUACUGUCUAUAA